UAUCGAACUUAUCUUCUCUUAUCAAGCUGUUACCCAUCUUAAGUCAAAACUUCAUAUUUCACACCAAUAAUUCCACCCCUUUCCGAUCACCCACUCACUAUAUCAAUCAAUUUAGGGUUCAAUCAUCAAAGAUGGGUUAUCUACUAUUCAGAAUCAGUUAAUCAAGAUCUCGCUCUCUCGUUUAAGCUAUCUUUUGUUGAAUGUGGUUCAGAAUUUGAUUGAUAAUUGAGUAGUCGCUGUUCACUCUUUUCGGGAGAAAAUUUGUUAAUCAAGAUUUCUUUCUCUUGAUCUUUUAAGUUUUCUAUCGUGGGGUAUAGAAAGGUUAUUUCUAGGGUUUGAAUUUGGUUUAAGAUGAAGAUCAAACAAUUAGAUGAUGAAGAAGAAGAAUAUGCAUCUAAAAGAAUGAUUGUUCUAGUUGAUGCUAAGAGAGCUAUAGUUGGGGUCGAUGCUAAGAGAGUAUUAGUUGGAGCUGGUGCUAGGGUUUUGUUCUAUCCAACACUUUUAUACAAUGUCUUUCGGAACAAACUUGAGUCUGAAUUCCAUUGGUGGGACAAAAUUGAUCAGUUUUUGUUGUUGGGUGCUGUUCCGUUUCCUAAACAUGUACCUCAAUUGAAGCAACUUGGAGUUGGGGGUGUUAUAACUCUUAAUGAACCUUAUGAGACAUUGGUUGAUUCGUCUUUAUAUUAUUCUUACAAGAUGGAUCACCUGGUAAUACCUACGAGAGACUACCUCUUUGCCCCUUCUUUUGUGGAUAUUAGUCGAGCUGUGGACUUUAUUCAUGAGACUGCAUCGUGUGGAAAAGUUACUUAUGUUCACUGCAAAGCUGGGCGUGGUAGGAGUACCACCAUUGUUCUCUGCUAUUUGGUGCACUACAAGCAGAUGACACCUAGUGCUGCAUUUGAAUAUGUACGGUUUAGAAGACCACGAGUACUCUUGGCUCCGUCACAGUGGAAGGCAGUUCAAGACUACCAAAGAUACCGCCUAGAUAUUGCUAGAAUGUCGUCUUCAGGUGACGGGGUUUUGAUAACAAAGGCAGAUCUUGAAGGAUAUCACAACUCUUGUGAUGAUAGUAAGAAGCAGUUGAGUGUUGUUGGUAAGCCUAAGAAAGGUAAGCCCAUGAUAGCUCGGUUAUCUUGCCUUUUUGCAGCGUUGAAAGUUUCUGCUGGUAGCUCCACAGUCACUGGUCGGUUACCUGAACUUCGGGCUUGUUAAAACAUAAGUUCAUUCGCAAGUUCCUUGUAUAGCUUUAGGUAGCUAGUACUGUACAAAGCAUUAUAAGUUCAAGUUUUAAAAGGGGUCCUCAAGGCUAAGGUUGUUUUUUCCUAUUUUCAAUCUGCAAAAUAUAUUUAAUCUCUCUGUGAAAAGGAAAGAAUUUGUGAAGAACCUCUAUUAUGGUAUAAUUGUGAAUAUAUAUAUGUAUAUAGUAUAUCCUUGGUUUUUGAUUGGCGGA